AUGAGUUUGUUUCAAACUGACGAUGAAUUUAUUUAUCAACCUUUCGUGGAUGCUUUGGAGACAGCGUCUUUACAGAUUGUUCAGUCAAAUCCACCAGUUUACGAAAGCGAACAUAAAUUACCACAGAAUUCUUCACUUACAGACAUAUCAUUUUACAACAAACCUAACCACAGUCCAACAACUGUGAAACGAGUAGAAGUUUUGCAGCAGGGUCAUAGAAAAUAUGGUAAAUACAAGCCUAUGCAAUGGACGAUUGAAACAAUAUUAGAAAGAUUGCAUACAACAAAUGACGGUAGAUAUGUACUUGCGGAUGCAAAAAAAAAUAAUGGGUUUUUAUCUGACGAAGCUCAGAACAUACUCACGCAACUCUUAAUAAAUCACCUAUUCCAGGAUCAGAGCAAAGGUAAUGAUUUAUUUUUUCGUAAAAUAUCUGAUUUGAUUGUGCAAGUAUUUCCCGAAGAGCAUAAGAGUGUUUACUUUAUACCAGCAAGGUCAGAGGGACCUACUCAAACCCAUGCAAAGGGAAAACUGAUAGAAAGGUGGAAGAAUGUAGCUAGGCGCUUAAGGACAGUUGGUGCUAUAAGUUCUUCUUCAGUGGUAAAAAACCUACAACUUACAGCUACAGAUAUUUCAUUUUCUGAAGAUACAUUGGCUAUUAAGCGAUGGUUGGCGAAUGAAGGUUUGACAGAAAAUUUUGAUGUUGUUCUGUCCAAAUGGCAGUUGACUUAUGAGCUAAGAAAACAUGAAAUUUUAAAUUCCAGCAAUAAAUAUUUAGCAGACUUAUUUGAAUCUUGGCCUGCACUUCAGUGUCCGAUUGGUUAUGAAUUGAUUGUUGAAGACUAUCGUAUUGGGUAUCCUGAAUCACAUGAUUUAUUCAAAGAUUUUAAUUGUUUUUUGAACAGUUGGGAAGUGUUCUCAACUAAACUGUUAAAAAUAAGAAGAAGCAGUAUUAAGGAUAAAUAUGCUAUUAAUCUAUUGUCAAAUUUGGAUUCAGCUGAACUCAAUGGAAAUUUAAAAACAGCAAAUGUUAUAAAAUUACUUUUAAUACCUUAUUUGAUUCCGACCAAAACAUUAAUGAAAAAUAUUUUACCCAAUGGAAAAAAUAAAUGUUGGAAGCCUUCGUUAUUAGAAUCUUCUUCUGCAUUUGCUUAUUUUUGUAAUAAUCUGACUGGUCUUCAAGAAGAUAUUGAUAAGAGACAGUCAAAAUACAGUCAAUAUGGAGCUACAAUACAGCCUUAUAUAAUCUUUGUUGGAAAAGAUUUAAGCUCCAUUGAUUCUUCUUACAUCAGGGUAAAUAAAAAGUUAUGGUGUUUCGACUGUCCUUUAAAAGCUCUUGAAAUUUGUUUCAAAUCAUAUUUUGUAUUUAAUUGUGCUUACCCUGCGGAAUGUUAUGACUCUUGGCUUGUAAUUCAACAAUACUUAUUUAAAUUGUUCACAAAAUAUGAUAAAUCAACUUCUAUAACUACUUCUGUUACAUCUAAUCUUAAUUCAUAA